GUAUACACGUUACACAUGGGGAAAACCACAAAAACACCCAUGCAGCCGGCCCGUUCGCAGGAUUCGAAGCGAAAAUGGAGAACUUGCACCCAAUAAGCAACUUUUAUCUUUUCAUCUAUAAAAAUGCUCCAGGUGCUGCGUUAAUACAUAGGCAUCAUUGAUUCUUUUGGAUUGUUAAAUAAUUUUUUUUCCUCCUUCAGGUUUUGUUAAAACAUGGAGUCUUCAGAGAAAUGCCACGUACUCGUCGGAUGCACCGGUAGUGUUGCUAGCGUGAAACUACCUGAACUUCUGAAGCUGUUACUGAAGCAAGCAAUCGACGGAAGACACAUGGAGUUGAAGGUCAUCGCGACAAAGAAUUCAUUCCACUUCAUACCCAUGAGAGAAAUGCCAACAAAUGUCACAGUCUACUCCGAUGAGGAUGAGUGGGACACGUGGAAGCACAUGUCAGACCCCGUUUUGCACAUCGAAUUGCGGCGCUGGGCCGACGCCCUCAUCAUAGCUCCGUUAGACGCAAACACUUUGGCAAAGAUUGCGAACGGUCUGUGCGACAACCUACUUACUUGUACCAUCCGGGCAUGGGAUCGCUUAAAACCGUUGUUCUUUUGUCCCGCCAUGAAUACUUACAUGUGGGAUCAUCCGAUAACAGCCAAGCAAGUCAAGCAGCUGAAGGAAUUGGGAUACACAGAGAUUCCUUGUGUCGCAAAACGACUGGCGUGUGGUGAUGUAGGUUAUGGUGGAAUGGCCGAAGUGAGUACAAUUGUGAAAGAGGUUAUUACUCGAUUGUUUUAGGCACUCUUUCUACGUUUAGUGGUACUUAGUUGUUAACGGGGAAUCUAUACAAAUAUUUUUCUUUCUUUCCUUUUUUUUCCCGGUAUUACUUUUUCUUUAUUUUGGUUAGUUUAUCUUAUUAGCUUCCAAAAUAGCUUAGCCUUGAACUCCGCUAAGUUAUUCCGUUUUUUUAAUUUUCAUGACUCUGUAUCUCGUAGAUACAUGUUUCUGUAAGCCAUGCUGAGUUCUUCAUGCAAAAUUUUAUUGAUGUCGUUUCCUUUAUGUUUUGCACGUCUUUCGCCAUGCGUUCUUCGAUUGAUUUGAAUGAAACUUUUUGUGCAAAUUGAUACAUUGACAGUAACUCUGAAAUACAUUGUACUCUUGUAAAAAAGCUAAUAGCAUCGCCUUCAUUUGGUAGUUCCCACUGACCUAUCAAACUAUAAACUCCUGAAAAAAAAAAAAAAAGAAAGAAAAAGAAAAAGGAAAAAAAAAGAAAAAGAAAAAAAAUGUGCUUAAAACUUAGGCUUAUAAGUGUUGGAAACUUGGCAUCGUCAUACGGUUGCAAUAAAAAUUAAGUUGUGUUAGAGUGCCAAAGUUGGAAA